GAAUAUAACCUAACAAAUUAAAAUAAAAUGAAGGGAGUAGAAUUAAAAAAAAUCCAAUUGCCUGGAAACAAUUUCAACUUUGAUCUUUCAAGAUUGCUAUAAAAUAGUGAAAUUUAAGAAAAAUUACCAAAACCUCAUUUGCCAGGAAGCAACUUCCAUUAUGGGUGUUCAAGAUUUCCAUAAAACAGUUGAUUUUUAAGAAAAAUUCAAGAACCCCAAUUGCCAAGAAGCACACUUUCCAUUUUGGAUGUUCAAGAUUUCCAUAAAAAAGUAAACUUUAAGAAGAAUUCAAGAACCCCACUUGCCAAGAAGCAAACUUUCCAUUUUGGGUGUUCAAGAUUUCCAUAAAAAAGUGAUUUUUAAGAAGAAUUCAAGAACACUCUCCACCCCACCCCCGCACCCCAACCUCAGCUCUCCAGUUGCCAAGAAGCAGUUUCCACUGUGAUUUGUGCAAGAUUUAACUAUGAAGAAAGGAUCUUUUGCUCCUAAUCUUAAACUUUCUCUUCCUCCUCCUGAUGACGUUGCUCUCUCCAAAUUCCUGACUGAAUCAGGGACAUUUAAGGAUGGGGAUCUUCUGGUGAAUAGAGAUGGAGUUAGAAUUGUCUCACAGAGUGAAGUUGCAGCUCCUUCAGUUAUACAACCAUCAGACAACCAGUUAAGCUUAGCUGAUUUUGAAGCAGUUAAAGUUAUUGGAAAGGGAAAUGGUGGUAUUGUACGGCUGGUUCAGCAUAAAUGGACAGGGCAAUUUUUUGCUCUCAAGGUUAUUCAGAUGAACAUUGAUGAGUCCAUGCGCAAGCAUAUUGCUCAAGAGUUGAGAAUUAAUCAGUCAUCACAGUGUCCACAUGUUGUCGUAUGCUAUCAGUCAUUCUUCGAUAAUGGUGCUAUCUCCAUUAUUUUGGAGUAUAUGGAUGGUGGCUCCUUAGCAGAUUUUCUGAAAAAGGUCAAAACAAUACCUGAGCGAUAUCUUGCUGCCAUCUGCAAACAGGUUCUCCAAGGCUUGUGGUAUCUUCAUCAUGAGAAGCAUAUUAUUCACAGGGAUUUGAAACCUUCGAAUUUACUAGUCAACCACAGAGGUGAUGUCAAAAUCACCGACUUUGGCGUGAGUGCAGUACUGGCAAGCACAUCUGGACUGGCUAAUACCUUUGUCGGCACAUACAACUAUAUGUCUCCAGAGAGAAUUUCAGGAGGUGCCUAUGGCUACAAAAGCGACAUUUGGAGCUUGGGUUUAGUUUUGCUUGAGUGUGCAACAGGUCAUUUCCCAUAUACACCACCCCAGGGAGAUGAAGGAUGGGUCAAUGUCUAUGAACUUAUGGAAACCAUAGUUGACCAACCAGCACCUUGUGCACCUCCUGACCAAUUUUCUCCACAAUUCUGCUCAUUCAUAUCUGUGUGUGUCCAGAAAGACCAGAAGGACAGACUGUCGGCAAAUGAACUCAUGAGUCACCCUUUCAUCACCAUGUACAAUGAUCAGGAUAUCGAUCUCGGAUCUUACUUCACGUCCGCAGGACCUCCAUUGGCAACACUCUCUGAGCUAUAAUUGGGUUUCAGCACUGUCUUGUAAGUGAUGUUCAUCAACCGGAAUUUUGGCCAAGUAGCUUUUCCAGUCGCGACGUUCCAAAAAUUAGAAGCCAUUUUAGAAGGCAUUGAGAAUCAAGUGAAGCAGAUGGAGCCAUUGUUGUCCUUUUCAAGUCUCCGGUAGGUAGCGUUGGGAGUGUUGACCGUGAUAUUUUCUACUAUAUAGUAAUUCAAAUGGGAACAACUCCAGAUAUCCUUUUGAUAUGACUUUUUUUUGACAUUAAUCCUUGUUUGCAAGUGUUUUUGGUUUCCAAUUUGACUUCUCUUACCUUUUUGGUACAUGAAGUUGUUUAGUGUGAGUUAUGAACUGAAUGUAAAAUUAUUGAGCUCCCAUUUGUCCUAAUGAUCAAUUUAGAGACCUUUCAAUGAA